AUGGACCAAGUUCAUGCACGAGCCCUGGAGGCUCUGCAGCCGUUCAUCGUGCUAGCCAACUCAAGCAGCGCAAGCUCGCCCCGCUUCAUCGCGAAUAUCAUCACAAAUGCCACCUCAAGUCCACAAACCUAUGUCUUCGCCGAGCUCCUCGAGCUGCCAACAGUCCAGGCAUUGCGGUCACCAGACACGCCAGUCGAGUUCCAAGGUCAUCUGAAGCUACUAGAGAUAUUCGCAUGGGGCACAUUACAGGAUUACCAAGCAACCCCCAACCUCCCAGAAUUGAACCCAGAACAAACAACCAAACUCCGCCUCCUCUCCCUCCUCUCCCUCUCAACAACAAUAAAACCACUGACCUACACCUCCCUGAAAACCGCAUUAUCAAGCCCAUCAACAGCAGACCUCGAAUCCCUGAUAACAGCCGCAAUCUACGCCUCUCUGAUAACAGCCCGCCUCUCCCCCGCCAGUAACCCCCCCUCGGUAAACAUAACAGCCGUCUCGCCCCUACGCGAUGUGCAACCAACCUCCCUCCCCAAAAUGAUCUCCACCCUCACAGAAUGGGAGUCUCGCUGCGGAGGCGUGGUGACAGACCUAGAGGCGGAGAUCGCCCGCAUCAAGAGCGAUGCUGUCAAGCGCGCAAACCAGAAACACACUUACGGGCAGCGGUUUGAGAAGGCCGUCGAACGGCGCCAGAAUGGGGCUUCUGGGGAAGGUGGUGGUGCUGGGGGUAGUUCUGGGCGGAGAGGGAAUCGGGCGCGGUUCGGGGCGGGCCUUGGUGGGAGCAAGAGGGAUGCUGGUGACAUUGAUCAGGAUGAUGGGUUCUUUGAGACGGGUGAGGGGGACGGCUCGCGCAUGGAUAUUGAUGAGGGGGCUGGCAGUCGUUCUGGGAAUAGUCGGUCGAAGAGGGUGCUUGGGCGGAAGACUUGA